UGGUACAGAGAGAAAUGUUCAUGAGGCCUCAAAGAGAGAGCUUCAUCAUUCAAAUAAACUCGUCGUCGGAAUUCCAAGCUAGGGUUUCUCAUCCUCGGUCAAAGCCCGUCAACUUCUCCGCCAUGAAGCUCUUCCACCGCUUCCGGAAGAUCCUGCUGCGCCUGGUCUUCUCUUCUCUUCCGCCCAGAGCUUCUCCGGAAGGGGCGGCUCCGACAAGACGAUCGUGCGAUGUUAAGAUUGACCCUCCGAAGACUUCUUGCAGUUCCUAUUACUACUCUUCCAGUUCCCAUUACAACGAAGCCAUUGCCGACUGUAUCGAGUUCUUCAACAAGUCGGCGCAAGAGGGGGUUUUCUGGGGCAGGAAAUCGGACGUGAUGGUUUGAGAGGAGGUCGAUCAUGGGCUGUCCGUAACAUUUCUUAUUUUUAUUAUUUGGAUGAAUUCUUGAUGCAUGCAUAUAUAUGCAGUGGGUCGGGUGGAGAUGGAAGAAGACGUAACGAGGGGUGUGUUGGUGAAUUUGAAAGCUUAUCUAUCUCCGACUGUGCGCUUAAUUAAGAAAUGUAU